CGCAGGUGGGAAGCGCCUCCCGGGGCAGCCCCGGUCCCGCCCCGCCGCCCGCUCGGCUCCGCCCGAGGGCCCGUCCCGCCGCGGAGGGAGGGAAGGACAGACCGACCGGGGCGGGAGCCCGGCCCGGCCCCGCCCGCGCCCGCUGCGCCGCACCUGAGCGAGCAGCGGCGGCUCCGGUCCCGGUCCCGGCUCCCCCGCCCCGCCGCCCGCCCAUGGCUCGGCCGCUGCCGCUGCUGCUCUGCCUGGCGGCGCUGGGCGCCGGCUGCCGGGCAGGGCUCCCCCCCGCCGGCACGGCCGGGCCCUCCGCCGAGCCGCUGCAGGACGAGGCGGACAACCAGGAGAACAUCCUCUCCCAGCUGUUAGGUGACUAUGACAAGGUGAAGGCGGUGUCUGAAGGCUCUGACUGCCGGUGCAAAUGCCUGGUCAGACCCCUGGGCCGCGGUGCCUGCCAAAGGAUUAACGAAGGCGCUUUCAAAGCGGAGGACUUCUACACAGUGGAAACCAUCACGUCAGGACCCAGCUGCAAGUGUGCAUGUGUGGCCCCCCCAUCAGCACUCAAUCCCUGCGAGGGUGACUUCAGGCUGAAGAAGCUGCGGGAGGCAGAGAGCGGUGACCUGAAGCUGUCCUCCAUCAUCGAGAUGCUGGAAAGUGCCUUUUAUGGCUUGGACCUUCUGAAGCUGCACUCGGUCACAACCAAGCUGGUGGGCCGGGUGGAAAAGCUUGAGGAGGGCAUGUCGAGGAACUUCACACAGAAAGGCCCCUGGGCAGGAGCCAACGUGGAGGAGGGCCCACAGGAUCACCUCCACAGGGACAGGGAGAACUGCUCCAGCCUCAUUACCAACAGCCUUGCUGACAUUGAGAGCUCACUGCAGCGGGACGCCGAGGCUGCCUACACACACGCAGAGGGCAAAUAUGAAGAAAGAUUCCUGAAAGAUGAAACCAUCUCCCAGCAGAUCAAUUCCGUUGAGUCCCUCCCAGACUUGCAUCUCUCUCCGGAGGAUGAGAAGCCCAAGCAGCUCUUGCAGAGGAAGCUGCACAUAAGGAGCCGACCUCCUUCCAAGCCCACCAUUGUUCGAGGAGUCACCUACUACAAAGCCCAGUCCACUGAGUCGGAGAAUGACAUUGAGGAGCAACAUGAACUGUUCAGUGGGGACAACACCAUGGACCUGCUGAUCGAGGACCAGCUCUUGAGGCCCAGCAGCCGGGCAGGUGAGGGCGUGAGGAAGCCCUCCCCCGUGGGAUGGCCGCCCACCCCUGGCAGUGACCCGACCACUCCGCCGGCUGCCGACACAGCUGCGACAGCCACAGUGCCCCUGUCCCCAGCCACGUCCAUGGGGCCCACGCCAGACCCCACCGCUGUGAGCUGGCUGACACCCACCCCAGAGACCACAACUGCCCCGACAAGGCUGGCAGAGGAGGGGACACCACAGCUACCGGCAGCCUUUGCCAGCACAGUGGUGGCCACAGCCAUGGAGACCCUGGCCACAGCCACCAGCCCUGUCCCCAGCCCUACCAUGGCCACCACCACUGGGACCUUGAGUGACGUGGAGACGAGCCCUGCCGCGGAGAGCAGCGCAGGCACGUGGGGACAGGGAAGCACCCCCACGAUACCGAUCAGCCCCACCAUUCCUGCCACACCAAAGCAGGCCCUGGAGGAGGAGGACAUCAGGAACAUCAUCGGGCGCUGCAAGGACACGCUGUCCACCAUCUCUGGGCCCACCACCCAGAACACCUAUGGGCGUAACGAGGGGGCCUGGAUGAAGGACCCCCUGGCCCGGGAGGAGCGGAUCUAUGUCACCAACUACUACUACGGGAACACACUGGUGGAGUUCAGGAACCUUGACAACUUCAAGCAAGGGCGCUGGAGCAAUUCCUACAAGCUCCCGUACAGCUGGAUCGGGACAGGGCAUGUUGUCUACAAUGGCUCCUUCUACUACAACCGGGCCUUCACACGCAACAUCAUCAAAUAUGACCUGAAGCAGCGGUAUGUGGCUGCCUGGGCCAUGCUGCAUGACGUGGCCUAUGAGGAGUCUACCCCGUGGCGGUGGCGGGGCCACUCGGACGUGGACUUCGCUGUAGAUGAGAAUGGCCUAUGGGUCAUCUACCCGGCCAUCAGCUACGAAGGCUUCAACCAGGAGGUGAUUGUGCUGAGCAAGCUGAAUGCAGCUGACCUCAGCACCCAGAAGGAGACCACGUGGCGGACAGGGCUGCGGAAGAACUUCUACGGGAACUGUUUUGUCAUCUGCGGGGUCCUGUACGCAGUUGACAGCUACAACAAGAGGAACGCCAACAUCUCCUAUGCCUUUGACACGCACACAAACACGCAGAUCAUCCCCCGGCUGCUCUUUGAGAAUGAGUACGCCUACACCACGCAGAUAGACUAUAACCCCAAGGACCGCCUGCUCUACGCCUGGGACAAUGGGCACCAAGUCACCUACCAUGUCAUCUUUGCCUACUGAGACCCCCUGCCAUAGUGGGGCACUGCGAGCCAGGGGCCACCAGCACCUUUUAUUAUUAUUUUUAUUGUUGUUAUUAUUUUGUACAAAUCAAAGAGUAAAUGAUGGAUUUUGUUUCAAGCUUGUUUUUUUUUUUUUUUUAUGGUGGAUUGUAGAUCGAUCCCCAGGCCAGAACCACCCCCUUUGUCUUUGCUGUAACCUUGCUUCUGCUUUUCCUUCCCCCCAGGGAGGAGGCCCUCCUUCAGGAGGGCAGACCCGGCUUACCUGCUGGCAGAGGAGGAGGUGGCCCAGACACAGUCCUCCUGAUGAGGUUUUUAGCUAAAGAUGAUCAGCAAGUGACCCAGAACCCAGUGCAAAGCUGGCCUUUCUGCUGCAGGCACCAGGUCCCAGUAGGAUUCUGAUGUCUGCCUCUCCUGAUGGAGGGGGUGCAUGUCCCGUGGGAAUGUCCCAUCUCUCGGGACCGUCUUCCCAGCUGAUGGCCAACAGGCCCUUCGGAGAUCCUGCUGUACAACGGGGCUGCAAGUGCAGCUUUGGCAGCCCCUGGUGCUGGCACUUAUGCCAAGGACUGUCCCCACUGGCCGGGGCUCUGCGCUUUGCAACCUGCUCUGGGGGGCUGGGCACACCCCAAGCCCUGACUCAUGUCUGGAGUGAACUGGCAGCAGCAGGGGGACACUGUAAAUAUGUGUAGAUGGCUUUUGUUUGUUCAUUUUGUAACCCAAACUAGCCACCUUUGGCAUUUGCUGGGUGAAGGCUCUGUUCUGCUGGGCUGCCUGGGUGGGGGGCUGGGGGAGCCCUUGCUCCCCAUUCUGCUGCUGCUCUGUCUCCCGCAGGGUCUCAGCCCGUGUGCCUUCUCACUGCCGCCCUGGUCCUGGCUGUUGGCCAUUGGGAGCCCCCACAGAGGCACAGCCCCUGCCCUUCUAGCCCAGCAGCAUCUUGUAUUUACCUGCUGUUAAUAAUAAAAGAUCAAGUACCUUU